ACAGUGCAGGAGAUGACCAGAGACUGCGGACACAGUGCAGGGGAUGACCAGAGACUGCGGACAGUGCAGGGGAUGACCAGAGACUGCGGACAGUGCAGGGGAUGACCAGAGACUCCGGACACAGUACAGGGAAUGACCAGAGACUGCGGACAGUACAGGAGAUGACCAGAGACUGCAGACACAGUACAGGAGGUGACCAGAGACUGCAGACAGUGCAGGGAAUGACCAGAGACUGCAGACAGUGAAGGGAAUGACCAGAGACUGCAGACAGUACAGGAGAUGACCAGAGACUGCGGACAGCACAGGGAUGACCAGAGACUGCGGACAGCACAGGGAUGACCAGAGACUGCGGACAG